AUGGAUUGUUCAACCUCUUAUUCUUCAUCAUCCACCAGUAUUCGCCACAUUCGAUCAACUAGUUUGCCUAACCGAUCACAUCCAAGCACUCUUCAUUUUGAAGAAGAGUUCACCAACUUUAAAAAGUUGGAGGCUUCUACCUCUUCCGUGCUAACUACAGAUAAAAUAUGUGAUGCUUUACUAGGCCUGGAAAGAUUACAUACAUGUGUUAAUGAUCUUAUCAGUUUGCCACUGACCCGACAAGCACUUUCUCACGAAAAGCAUCAGAAAUUUGUUGAUAAGUUGUUGGAUCAAUCGAUGAUGCUUUUGGAUGUCUGUGGCUCCGUAAGAGAUGCCAUGCAACAAUUCAAGCAACAUCUCCGAGACCUUCAAUCGGCUCAGAGAAGGGGCAAGGGGGACAUGAGCAUCAACACUUCCUUCUUCAAUAAAAUGAAGAAGGAUACCAGAAGAACACUUUCCUCACUUAAGAAAAUCAGUAACAAGAUGGGGGCCACUGCACUCUUAAAUAUAGAUCAACAAGUCUCAGAUGUGAUUAGGUCACUAAAAGAUACUAGCUUAGUGAGCAUCUCUGUGUAUGAAUCAAUCCUGUCACUUACAUCGGCUUUGGUCUCAAAACCAAAGCCUUUAAGAUGGUCAAUAGUUUCAAAUUUGAUCCACAAAGGCACCAUAGAGAAUGUGGAUCACCCUCAAGUUUCAAUUGAGGCUCUAGAGUGUCACAUUGAUGUCAUUGAGAAUGGUUUGGAGUGUGUCUUUAGGAACUUGAUUAAAACAAGAGCCGGUCUCCUAAAUACUCACUCGCACUAG